AUGGAACUAGAGAAUGAUACACAAAUUUCAGAAUUUCUUCUUCUGGGAUUUACUGAGGAACCAGAAUUGCAGCCCUUCCUCUUUGGGCUGUUCCUGUCCAUGUACCUGGUCACCAUAUUUGGGAAUCUGCUCAUCAUCCUGGCCGUCAGCUCUGACUCCCAGCUCCACACCCCCAUGUACUUCUUCCUGGCCAACCUGUCCUUUGUAGACAUCUGUUUCACAUCCACCACCAUCCCCAAGAUGCUGGUGAACAUCCAGACACAGAGAAAAGUCAUAACUUACAACAGCUGCAUCAUGCAGAUAUACUUUUUCACACUUUUUAUAGGUUUGGACAACUUCCUCCUGACUGUGAUGGCUUAUGACCGCUUUGUAGCCAUCUGUCACCCCCUGCACUACACGGUCAUCAUGAACUCCCAGUUCUGUAGACUGCUGGUUCUCAUGUCCUGGAUCCUGAGUGCCCUGCAUUCCUUGUUAGAAAACUUAAUGGUGUUGCGGCUGUCCUUCUGUACACUGUUCCACAUCCCCCAUUUUUUCUGUGUACAACUUGCCUGUUCUGACACCUUUCUUAAUGACGUGGUGAUGUAUUUUGCAACUGUGCUGCUUGUUGGUUCUCCCCUGGCUUGGAUCCUUUACUCUUAUUUUAAGAUAGUUUCCACCAUACGUGGGAUCUCAUCAGCUGAAGGGAAGUACAAAGCAUUUUCCACCUGUGUAUCUCACCUCUCCAUUGUCUCCUUAUUUUAUUGUACAGGCCUAGUAGUGUACCUUAGCUCUGCUGCUACCCAGAGUUCCCACUCAAGUGCAGUGGCCUCAGUGAUGUACACGGUGGUCACACCCAUGCUGAACCCCUUUAUCUACAGUCUGAGGAACAAAGACAUAAUGGGGGCUCUACGUGUAUUUUUCAGGGGGAAGCCAUAA